UAGUGAUUCGUUUGGUUCAGUUAGCGACGAACUUAUAGGAUCAUCCGACCUGAUCUCUUCUCCGGUGCCUUUCAGCGGUCUGAUAUUCCGGGUGAUUUCAAUCCCUACGAUUAACACAUCUGCACGCGGUUAAACGACGACGUUACGAUUAGUGACUGCGGAAAACAAUGAAGAAUAAACUGGGUAUCGCUAUUUUUUUAACGAAGAAUUAAUCUCAAUGGCAUAGGGCUGAGAAUUCAAACCGGAUUUUGAAUUUAAAAGAAAAUUGAAGUCCCCGUGGUGAUUUUCUUUAUUCAUACGCGGUGCCUCGAUAGCGAUAUUAUCGAGUAGUUCGUACUUUAUUUUAUUUAACGUUCAUUUACUAGUUUGUUGGUUUUUUCGAAUAAUUUUUUUGUUCUACAGUAUAUCAGCAGCAACACUUACGAUUGUGCAGUACGACGAAAUAGUUGAACAAAAUUAUACGCUUCCGGACUUAAUGGUCAUGUGGUGACAUCAGUGCCUCGAACAAGUAACGAUUUUAUCCCCCUGUAUAGCGUAUAUGUAUAAUAUUUUAGACAAUUGAAAAAACUAUUCUAUCAUUUCUUUUCUAUUUCGAAUUUCUUCGAUAUGUGAAAAUUAAUCGACAGUUUAAAAACUUGAUAUGGCAACUGAUUUGUGUCCCGAUUUGUACCCGGUUGGAUCAGUAAAAGGAUCAGCUGCAGCAUCUGACGGAGGCAAGAUGAGGCAGCGAAAGACGGGGGCGUUGAGCGCCGCGGCGCCAGUUUCUACGACCGAUGGCCAAUUAAAGUUCCAAGACACUAGAUUCUUGACAACUCUGGUACUGGGAAGAAGCAGAAAGAUAUCCCCGGACGUAUUGCCUGCGUGUUCACCGGGGAUAUUCCGACAGAAGCCGUUUCGCCUGACAACAAACCAAUGCGGGAGUUUACCAAGUCUUGCGCAUACCAAUCGUAACUGCCAAAGCUCAGGACGGGGUUCCAAACACUCGCGGCUCGGCACUGCAUUAGCCUACAAAAUGGCGUCGGCGAGUUCUACUGCGGUCGUACAGGGCUGGCCCAAUACCAAAGACGAUUACGACCUCAAGGAAGUUAUCGGUGUUGGAGCCACCGCUGUAGUACAUGCAGCAUUUUGUAUCCCACGACAAGAAAAAUGUGCAAUCAAACGAAUAAAUUUGGAAAAAUGGAACACAAGCAUGGACGAAUUAUUGAAAGAAAUUCAAGCGAUGUCAUCUUGCAACCACGAAAAUGUGGUAACCUAUUACACCUCUUUUGUGGUGAAGGAAGAACUCUGGCUUGUUUUGAGGCUGUUGGAAGGAGGCUCCCUACUUGACAUAAUUAAACACAAAACGAGAACUACAAAUUGCAAACAUGGGGUCUUCGACGAACCUACAAUAGCAACGGUACUUCGAGAAGUACUGAAAGGUCUAGAGUACUUUCACAGCAAUGGUCAAAUUCACAGGGAUAUAAAAGCUGGUAAUAUAUUGUUGGGAGAAGAUGGCACAGUUCAAAUAGCUGAUUUUGGUGUGAGUGCCUGGCUUGCGACGGGGCGGGAUCUGAGCAGGCAAAAAGUGCGGCAUACUUUUGUGGGAACACCAUGCUGGAUGGCACCUGAGGUCAUGGAGCAGGAUCAUGGUUAUGACUUCAAAGCGGAUAUUUGGUCGCUUGGAAUUACCGCUAUCGAAAUGGCUAGCGGAACAGCACCUUACCAUAAAUACCCGCCAAUGAAAGUUCUUAUGUUGACUUUGCAAAAUGACCCGCCAACUCUUGAUACAGCCGCAGAUGAUAAAGAUCAAUACAAAGCGUAUGGGAAAACAUUUCGAAAAAUGAUUGUGGAUUGUCUACAAAAGGAUCCCACUAAAAGACCAACAGCUACAGAGUUGCUGAAACAUCCGUUCUUCAAAAAAGCUAAGGACAAAAAGUAUCUGCAACAAACGUUAGUCGCCAUUGGUCCUAGUUUGGAAACACGAGUGCAAAAAGCUUCGAAAAGACAGCCAGGAACUUCGGGACGCUUGCACAGAACAGUUACCGGAGAAUGGGUGUGGUCUUCGGAAGAAGAAGACAGUGGCGGUUCGAGCGAUGGAGAAGGCGAAGAAGUCUUGCCGGUUAACACAAUCGACAAUGGCAGUAGUGACGACGAGGUGGUUGAGUCUGAGGAAGAUUACGGUGCUGUGAAAUCUGCGCAGAGUCACGUCGUCAUCCAAUCAGCGGAACAGAACGUACCCAUAAACCUCGUGCUCAGAUUACGAAAUCAGAAGCGGGAGCUGAACGAUAUCAGAUUUGAAUUCGCUAUUGGAAUUGAUUCCGCUGAAGGUAUUGCUGCUGAACUGGUUGGUGCUGGGUUGGUGGAUGGCAAGGAUAUCGUUGUUAUAGCAGCGAAUCUACAGAAGCUUAUCGACAGUGCAGGUCAAUUGCGAACUGUUACAUUUCCCUUGAAUUCGGGAUAUGCAGCGAAUGAAGUACCGGACGAUAAAGCUCUGAUAGGCUUUGCACAGAUUUCUAUCACGGAUUAAGCGUGCGUGGAAAUGCUUUGAACUCUCAGGAUCAAGUUCUUAAUCUAUGCUAUCGAGUAAUUACGAAUAAUAAGGAACCAACGGCGACAUGACUCAGAUGCUAAAUUUUACGUUGCCUUAUCGAUUUGAAAAGCCGGUAUUUUUUUGUUUCUGUAGUAACGACAUGUUACUGAUUAAACGUAACAUAUACAUAUACCAUGUGACAGACAGACCAUGAAGAUAGAAGGAAACAUUAGAAUAUCAUGUUGGAGAUGAAACAAGAGACGUUUAAUAUUCAUCAUACUUGAAUGUCACCGAAAAGCCAAAGUUCUUGAAGACUUAGCUGGUUCCAGAGAGCUGCGUUAUGUUAAGAAUUUAUCAAUGUAGGUAGUGUGAGGUGAGUUACACAUAAUCACGCAAUAUUGUUCAUAUUAUAUUCAUCGUGUACAUAUUAGAAAUUUAAUUACCCGUCAGACGUUCCAGCUUUGUGCUUUGAACAGAAAAAGAAAAGACUUAAUCAAAUGAAGUCUCACAAUGCGUUCCAACUUUGGCAAAUCAGGCAAUAUGGUAUCACAUGCGAUUGGUAAGAACUUAAUCGUAAUUUUACCGCUCAAUGCGAAAAUUGAUAAUCUUAUUUGGUUAUCGUGUGGCGUGGGAAGGAUUUGAUCAAAUAAUGUGGCACAAAAAUAUUUGGUCACGAAUAUUUCUGGUACAAAAUAAGUCACCAAAAUGUAUCUACCGUGCUUCGUACCCUAGGACUUAGAAAGAUGAUAAAAAGUACUAAAAAUUGUUUUGUACUUAAUUGAAUACAAGUAUAUUAAAAUAUAUAUAUUUCCAUGGCUUAUAGCUGUAUUAUUAAUAUUCUAAAUUAUCACGUGCGUCUCCACAUUUUUAAAUAUAAAAACGAGAGUAUUGAAUAUUAUUUCUUUUCACACAUUCUCCUAUACUAUAAAUUAUGAACUUGUUUGUAAAUAUUUCAAAUUUUACCGAAUACAUUUGAACUAAUUAUCACUGGUUCAAAAAGACUAGGUAGACAUCCGAUGCUUAAACUUCAAAAUAGAUGUAAUUUACGUGUAGGCUAGAUGAUUAUUUACGAAAUAGAUUAUGUCAUCGUACAAUUUUAGUUAUACUCUUAACGACACAACACCGGCACCUAAGACUUUGAUUUAUCAAACUUUCCUCACCCGUUAUGAAUUUCCUUAUCAAAUCUAGCUUAGAGACAUGAUAACAUGUGCCUUAUUCUGACACAAUAUGGCCAUCCUUUUCUCGCUUUAAAAUUCGGCUUCUAAUAAUAACAAUCAAAAUCAACUAUCGUUAUUAUUGCCAAUCAAUUCGAAUUUUCCAGAUAGUAUAGCAACAUCAAUUUAGUGCCAAAACGGCGUGCUAUACCUAUAGCAAUUAGCUAUAUGCGCUAUAGUAUAAUUUAUUUGUACUCAUAUCGAGAAAUAUUCAUCGAGAAAUAAAACGUGUUUUAUCGCA